CAUAAUUAUCGUCGAAUCAUUUAGCAUUCUAUGUUAAAAUCUUCCCAUUGAUGCAGAAUACAGAGGAACAAUAAUGAUGAGCACUUCAAGAUUACCACUUUUCUUUUAUGCCAUUCUACUCGUUCCCCUUGUAAGUCACAGCUUAGUAUUGCAGCGAGAUCCCUACGUUCUCCAUGAUUGUUCAACUAGUGGUAAUGUGAGCAGUAACAGUACCUUCAGAGCGAACCUCAACACCCUCAUCUCCAACUUCUCUUCCAACACCCAAAUCAAUUAUGGGUUCUACAGUUUCUCCGCCGGAGAGGGCACCAACAAAGUUUACGCCACUGGGUUUUGUAGAGCUGACCUUACAACAACUGAUUGCAGUACCUGUGUCAACAAUUCAGCUCGCGAGCUCUUAAAGUUGUGUCCAAACGAGAAAGAGGGCAUCAUGUGGUACAUGAAUUGUACAGUUCGAUACUCAAACAACUCAAUAUUAGGUGUUAUUGAAUUUACACCUACUCAAGCUCUUGUAGCUGGUCUUGUCUCGAACUUGACUGAGUCCAACGAGGUGUUAAAAACCUUAUUUUAUGACCUGAGAGUUGGAGCUUCAGCUGGAGGUGAUUUUGGCAAGGUUGCAGUUGGAAAUGCGAACUAUAAAAGUCAAAACUCUAUGAUCUACGGGCUUAUGCAAUGUAGUCCUGAUUUGUCAGAGAUAGAUUGUAGCAAUUGCUUAGUUCGCGCUCAAAGCUAUUUUCAAGAUUGCUGUAGUAAAUAUGCUGGAGUGAGAAUUCUUGCACCCAGCUGCAACUUAAGAAUAGAGACUGAACAAUUCUAUGGCAGCACUCUUGUUGAAUCGCUGCCAUCAUUAUCUCCUCCUCCUGCGCCUGCAAAAUCAAUAUCUCCUCCUCCUCUUGUUCAAAACACAAACACUUACAGCUCAUAUCUGAUUUUUACAGGAAAGGGGAGUAACUCAUCUAAAACUAUCAUCACCAUAGUUGUGGUGAUCAUUUUCGUUGUAAUAAUCACCUGCAUCUGCAUCUGCAUCUGCAUCUCUUUAAGAGUGAGGAAGCAAAGAAAGAAAGCUAAAAGUAAGUUGAAAUUUGUGGAUGAAAUUAGCAGUACUGAAUCCUUGCAUUUCCAUUUUCCAACAAUUAGAGUUGCUACAGAUAACUUUUCUGAUGCAAAUAAAAUUGGUCAAGGCGGAUUUGGUGUUGUUUAUAAGGGUAGGCUUUCCAAUGGACAAGAAAUAGCUGUCAAAAGGCUAUCCCCGGGUUCUGGACAAGGUGAUUUAGAAUUUAAGAAUGAGAUAUUGUUAGUUGCUAAGCUUCAACAUCGGAAUUUAGUUAAGCUACGAGGUUUCUGCUUGGAAGGAUGUGAAAGGCUUCUGAUUUAUGAGUUUGUGCCAAAUGGAAGCCUCGAUCAAGUUAUAUUUGAUCCCACAAAACGUGCAUAUUUGGAUUGGCAAACGCGUUACAAAAUCAUAGAAGGCAUUGCUCGAGGUCUUCUUUAUCUUCAUGAAGAUUCUCGACUUCGCAUCAUUCAUCGUGAUCUUAAAACUAGUAACAUACUGCUAGAUGAUGAGAUGAAUCCCAAAAUUGCAGAUUUCGGCCUGGCAAGAUUGGUUAUACUGGAUCAAACCCAUAUCAAUACAAAUAGAAUCGUCGGAACGUAUGGGUAUAUGGCUCCAGAGUAUGCAUACCAUGGACACUUCUCAGUAAAGUCUGAUGUCUUUAGUUUUGGCGUGUUAGUUCUUGAAAUGAUAUGCGGACAAAAAAACAGUUACUUCCGUAACGAAGAAAAUGGGGAGGAUCUUCUUACUUAUGCAUGGACAAAUUGGAGGAACAUGACAGCUUCAAACAUUAUAGACCCCAUAUUAGGGGUUGGUUCAACAAUCGAAAUAAUCCGGUGCAUUCACAUUGGAUUAUUAUGUGUUCAAGAAAAUGCUGCUGAUAGACUAACCAUGGCUUCAGUUGUUCUAAUGCUUAAUAGCAACUCUAUCACCUUAUCAGUACCUUCACGACCUGCAUUUUUUAUACACAGCAACGUUGAACCAGACUCGCAGUCAGAUCAAUCUAUUCUGCUAGCCUCAACAAAUGAUGCUUCAAUUACUGCAUUACAUCCUCGCUAAGGUUUGAUCAAAGUAACUAAAGUUCUUUACAUCAGUUUUGAGAAAAGAUUAUUUAUUGAAGUAACCACGUUGAAUAAUUUUGAGGCCUAUACUACCAGCCUUUCUUUUGGCGGUCUGAGCUACUACUACGUGAUGUUAUGCAGCAACACAUUAUGAUGAGCAUAUUCAAUUGUGUUCAAGAUUUACAUAUUCUAAA